GCAGCGACGGUGGAGUGUGCGUACCAGUGGGAAAGGUAAGAUGGCGGCGGACGGAGAUGCGGUGAUUCCAGAUCAGGAAAAAGUGCGAAUAGUCUCGGAUUUUAUAUUGCAUUCGCCGCCGGGCGAGUUUAACGAGGUGUUCAACGACGUGAGGGUCCUGCUGAACAACGACAACCUGUUGAAGGAGGGCGCAUCCGGGGCCUUCGCUCAGUACAACAAGGACCAGCUCACGCCUGUUAAGAUAGAGGGAAGUGACCAUCCAGCGCUCAUAACAGAACACAAUGACUUGGGUUCUCAAAGGUUUUACGAUGCACGUAGUAAGCAAAGUUUUAAAUAUGAUCACCUGAGGAAGGAGGCACAAGAUUACGAAUCUUAUGAACCGGAUCCUAUAGCGGAGCCUUGGAGGUCGGCCCUUCAAGAGGAGAUAACAAAUUAUACUCAAAGUCAUUAUAGACAUGGCGCUUGCUCAGUUUUUGGAAAAUCCCUUGGAGGAAACAUAACGCUAAUGGCAUGCAUAGAAGAUCAUCAGUUUCAACCUAAAAACUUCUGGAAUGGCCGCUGGCGUUCGGUGUGGACUGUCAGUUUCACCCCAAAUUCGGGUAACGCCGAAUUGAGAGGUAGCCUCAAAGUACAAGUACAUUAUUACGAGGAUGGGAAUGUACAAUUGGUCAGUAGCAAAGACGUGAAGGAGAGUUUGCCGAUCUCCAACGAGAAGCAAACGGCGAAGGAUUUGAUACGGUUUGUCGAGGAAUCCGAAAACGAUUAUCAAACGGCAAUUUCCGAGAACUAUCAAACGAUGUCCGAUACCACCUUUAAAGCGCUGCGAAGGCAAUUGCCAGUAAUGCGAACAAAAAUCGACUGGAACAAAAUUGUGUCGUACAGUAUUGGCAAAGAGCUUAAAAGUCAAUAGAAAUAGAUUUUUUUAUAUUAAAAGAAAUAAUUAAAAAAAGCGCAUUUUGCUGCAUGAGUGAAGUCUGGAGGUGUGAUGUGCAUGGGAGCAAAUUAUAACACUACUAAAUGACGUCUGACUAGAGAUAUUCGACUCAUGCAUGCCACUCAAGGUUCCUCUCCACUCCAUAUUGUAUGUUGUUAUAAAAAGCAAUAAAACAAGGAGGUCAACGUUUUGGCAUUGUCAAUUGUAUCAAAAAAAUUAAUUAAGAGCAUAAUUUCUCCAAAUAAUUCUACAUAACAUAACGUUAAAUGGCUUUGCGUGAAUAUCAUUAUUUUUACAAACAUGCUAAUUCUUGUAAAAUUGAGAAUCUAGCAAUGGAAUUUGGUAUAAAUCACGCUGCUUCUUUGCUUUAAUUCCAACUAUCUUAAAACAAUAUUUGCAUUCUGCAGCAUAGUGCAAGAUUUAAUCUUUAACUUUGGAUAUAAAAGCGAUAAUAACUAUCGCGCGCGAAGCAAAAGAUCUAUUCAUUAUUUAUAAUGGGGUAAUGGGGAUCCUUGUUCUUAUGUUAAGAGAGAUUGAACUGAAGUUGAAUUCAAUGUGUUGAAUAGCUUGAGAUGGUGAGACGCAAAUAGCGAAAAUAAAUUUAAACUAUAAUCAUGUAGUUAUGAAGAAAUGAGCAGAUGGAGGCAGUCUUUCAAUUGACAAAAUUUAUAAAUUACGAACUUUGUCAAAAAUAUAAUAACGUCAGUGAUGUCUUAUAAUUAUUUAUAUAUUUUUACUUAUAUAACACUUUUCUCCGGAGAAGGUUAUUAUAUCUUACUAUAUUAUAAUAAAUAGGAAAUUAAUAUACACAAUAUUAUUCACUGAGGUUAUUAUCUUAUUGAUUAUCUUGUCAUGUUACGACUACAUCAAUCUGCUCUAGCACAAUUUAUCUGUCACUCGAUGGUUCACCCUGACUCGAAGCAAAAUAAUUUUAUCUAUUAUAGGCAGUCUAUAAUAAAAUUUGGCAUUUGAAUACUAGAGAGUACAAUAUGUUGUUUUCGUUUUGUAACACGAAUAUAAUUGUGGAACGCAAAUAGUCUAUAUACAAAAAAUACUACAUGAUACAAAAAAGUUUUCUUACGGAUGUGACGAUGUGUGAAAAAAGUAGCGAAAUUGAUAUAGUUUACGUCAGAUAUAAGAAGAUCGUUAGACUGACUCUCAUUUUAAAAGGAAGACAAAUCUGUAACGCUUAAGUCUUUGAUCACUUGAAGCGACUCGAUGACACAUCUCGUGUAUUUAAAAAUUCGGUUUAAAGAAUGAUAUAUAUGUACAUAUAUCGUUUUUUUUCCGAAUUUUUUAUUAUAUAUAAAUAUAAAUAUAUAUAUAUAUAUAUAAAUACAUAUUCUCUGAUUAUUAUGUUACUUAUCGAUACAACAUGCUGGGGCCAUGGGUGAUAUCAAAUGCAUAAUAUAUCAAAUGUAAUACAAAGACAUUAGAUGUGUCUAUCCAUGAUUUGUCAACCCGGUACCGAACACCGUUAAGUGUUCAUUACCGCGUUCAAUACACAAAGUACGAGAAACAAGGAAACAUAAUUCUUAACAGAUAUUGGUGGGCAAGGCCUACUAUUUUUAUCCAACUUUACAUUCAUAAAGGUAUAAGUCUAUAUACAUUUUUGUUAAAAUGUAUUGUUUUAUAAUAAGUAUGUCUAUUAUAUAAUGGAUACGUUGCAAAGUUUAAUGAACUACUGAAUGAAAUAAAUGUUAAUCAUUGCGCAACUUGAUUUCUAAAUUACAUCACGUUAGUGUAGCCAUCACACGAAAGAAUCAUUCGAGUUCGAAAGCAGAAGUGGGAAGUCUCUUGGUGCUAUCGCUUACUACACAUUACACAGCCAGACAUUGUACGCGAAAACGGAAACUAACAAAGUACAUAAUAUAUUGUACAUUGUAGAAUGUAGCCUAUAGCCUGCUGGAGCCUUAAUCUGUUCACUUUUACUUUGGGGAAUGGGGCGGGUAUGGAGAUUGGGUCUUGGGGAAUAUACUAUGUACAUAUGUUAUUUGGAUGAAUGAAUGCGACAACGCGCACCAUCAUUUGACUCUUAAUAAAAUAGGAUUCGAAACGUGUGUGUAAUAUUAUUCAUACUUUGUAAGUUACAUCGUAAUUCAAGGCAUCAUCUUUUCAGUACAUCGCCACAUAGCUCUUGAAAGAGGGGGGGGGAGAAGAAAAGACGCAACUUCUUGCCAUUGAUAUUUAAGGGUGGUUAAAACAAAAGUACGUAUGGAUUAAAUACGUUAAAUUACCUGUUAGAAUGUGAGGCGCGAUAACGGAGUUAUUCAUGUAAAUACAAUCGCACAUAUGCUAUUUGGAGUCGUUGUUUGUAUUACGUAUGUAAAUUACAAAAUGGAGUGAGUUGAGGUGUUUCGAAUCUUGUCAAAACUCUACACGACAUAGUUGCCUACGAUAUUGAAAACUAGGUAUUACCUACAAUCGAGUGUAUCGUAACAUAACAAAACGCAUGUCCUUAUGUAAAAAUUUAAACACAAAAUACAUUUAUCAGUUAAAUUAUGUAUUAUUGAAUGUUAUGAUUGAUUAAAUAAAGUGAUAUAACACUUUA